AUGUCAAGCGAGGAGACCCAAAUAAAGGUGGAGGUGGGCGACGUUACAGUUGCGCAAAGCAAAUCUGAGCCUUCUGUGGUCGAGCAGCCAUUGAACCGUUCCGAAGCCAUGUCAAUCUCGGGUCCAAAGCUGAUGGAAAAUGACACUUUCAAGACUGAAAAUGUCACGUUGUCGUCUCUUUCGUUCCGCACUAUCAAAGUUGAGGAUGGGUACGGCUCAUCGGAAAUGUCACACGCCAUUGCCACCCUGCAUGCAGACAGAGUCCAGGCCACUGCAACGUUGAAGUCUGAGGUGAAAAGGGACCCCUAUAACCCUGAUCACUCAAACAUCGGAAAUUCGGCUACUCUUCCAACGCCCGACGAUGCGAAACCCGAUACCCUGGUUAAGAAUGAAGCAGACCCUACCGACACAGAGAGUGACUCAGAGGCAGACAACGAAAGAGAUGAUGACACCUAUUUACCGGAAAACGCCGAUGACUCCGAAGAAGUACCUGAUGGCAAGAUCAAGAGACAGAGACGUCAGCAGGCAAAGGACGUUCGGGAGUUUGUGGCCAGGCUUCAUGAGAAAGAGGAUGAAAGGCAGGCCAAGUCGGCCCAACGAAACGGAAAGCGAGAGUCGGGACAUCUUCACGAAAGGUCCCCUAAGCGUGCCAAGACUAUCGGCACAGGUAUAGUCUCGAAGCUUCAAGGAAGCCUACUAGAUGAGCACCAGCAUUCAGAAUCCUUGGCUCCAGUUAUGCCAGAAUUUACGGCUCGUACUCAAAAGGAGCAAUACCAAAAAUUGUGCAAUAGUAUCCCAGAAGGUUCAGAUCUUAGGAGAGCAAAAUCUCAAAAGACUGAUCUCAAGGGCGCGAUGAGGCUCUUUAGAUUUAAAAAAAUCAAGGUGGUCAACGAAGCAUACAAGCUGGACGGGAUGAGAUCAGCCCUUCAAAGCUUCCAGCUCACUGCUAGUGCUUGGAUGAUCAAGCGAGAGCUAGGUCGCAACAACCCGUUCGGGGGCAUACUGGCAGAUGACAUGGGCAUGGGGAAAACUGUCAUGAGUCUCGCUUGUAUCAUUGGGAAUCCCCCAAUCGACAUCGACCUCGAAAAGUUCUCCAGAAGCACUCUUGUCAUUACGCCAAACAUUACAGUGGCGGAUCAGUGGUUAAAAGAGGUGGGCACCCACCUCGAAAAAUCCUUCAGCGACACGACGGUAGUAUUUGACCCCAAGAGGCACAGUCAUUCGAAGGAAUUAGCGGAGCGCCCCAUUGUGAUAACUACAAUCUCCGAGAUAAAGAAACAGCAUAGAGACAUGGAGGAUUGCGAUGACGAUCCGAAUGGAUUGCUCAAAUUCGACUCGAGCAAAGGGUUACUGUUCCGCAUCCGCUGGUACCGCAUUAUUCUUGAUGAAGCCCAUGUCAUAAAAAACACCGCCAGCAAAGGCAAAAUAGCCUGUUGUGCGUUGGAAGCAAAGCAUUGCUGGGCUCUGAGUGGGACACCACUCUCCAAUAGAACCCCAGAGCUUCUUUCGUAUUUGACUUUUAUCGGAUGCGAUGUCGACGAGAGUUGGAGCAUGUUUAAGCAAAACUACAUGUCCCAGAACAAGGCAAAUGGAAAAUUGGAAGCACUUAUAUCCAUGGUGAUGUAUCGGAGAACCAAGAACGAUUCGUUCCUAGGUCACCGGAUAGUCAACCUUGAACGUCAGGAAAGACAUACCAUCACGAUUCCCUUGUCGGACGAGGAGAAUAUUUUCUACGAUUUCGUCAGCAAAGCCGUCGCCGCAUUCAAGAGUGGCGGGUCAGGCUCAGGGCCUAGUCAAGACUCAGAGGAAGCAGCGGAAACGACGGGAUGUGUUCCGAAUGAGGAGAAACGGGGAACCAAUUCCAUUGUCAGACACCAUCUGCAAUAUCUCCGCAUGGCACCUUCUCACCCAUAUAACCUCGAGAGACUCUUACGCAACAGCAGCGUCACAGGCCAGGAUGUUCAAGCGUUAAGAAAUCAUCUAUCCCAGAGUGAAAACGACAAGACGAUUCUCGAGCAACUUUUAUCUCACAAGUCGGUAUCAGAAGACCUUGAAAAAUAUGCCUCUGGGAUAGAGUCCGUCAGGAAAAUCCAGAGUCCCGAAAUUUGUGGCCGAUUCGAGUUUGACGAGCUGUUACGUCUUAUCCAGAACGAGCAUGAAGCUAAAUACAUGAGGUGCGGCAUGUGCGGAGAGGCAUCCAUGAAGUUCUUGAAGUUGGAGUGUGGUCAUGUACACUGCUCGCAUUGCUUUGACACCGCCAAGAAGUGGCAAAGAAAGAAACCUCGAGUUGCAGCCUCUGCGGAAUGUGGUGUGGAAGGGUGCACUAUGCAUUUGAAGACAGCGGAAAUGGUUCAAACGAUGGCUACAGCUGUUCAACAGUACUAUGAUGCCGAGACUCGGCAACCACCUGCUGCUGAUAGCAACCGGGUCUCGUUGACUAGAAGCCCCGAUAGCAUAGGAUGUCUAGUUGCAGGCCAACUAAUUCCUCGCAUCCCCAAAACGCCGAGUUCCAAACUGCUGGUGGCCAUGAUUGUGCUGUCCAGCUGGCUGCUCGAUUUCCCAAACGACAAGAUACUUGUAUUCACCCAGUUCAUCACAACAGCGCAAGUCUUGGGACAAAUGCUUGGGAAUCAGAAAAUCCCCUUUCUGUACUUUUACGGAUGCAUGAGCGAAGGUGCCAGAAAUAGGGCACUGCAAGAUAUCGGAGGGGAUGCAACCAAGAGAGUCAUGCUCAUAAGUUUGAAAAGCGGGGGCCAGUCUCUCAACAUCACCUCUGCCAACAGAGUCAUCAUCAUAGACCCCUGGUGGAACGUCACGGCUGAAGAGCAAGCCAUUGGCCGCGUUCACCGAACAGGCCAGGAAAAGGUGUGCCAGGUCGUGCGGAUUCGAAGCUUGGCGGAUAUGGACGAGAAACUGCACGACAUGCAACUGGCCAAGAGCGAAGAGGUGGACUAUGCGCUUCAAGACGACCACCACACGCCACGGGCUCUGGUCAGUGAGGCUGAGCAAGCGGAGCUGUACCGCUUUACGCAGGGAAGGAGGCGUGCGAAUCGCGGCGGCAGGGCAGGUCAGAAGCGAGCCCAGACUAAACGCCGGGUUGGGGAACCGAGGCAGGCAGCGCGGUGA